AUGCCAUUGCCUGUCAUGUUUCUGUGCCUGCUCCUGAAUGCUUGGGGCAGUUCCCAGGACAGUCAUCCCCAGUACUGCUAUAAGCCAUUGGGCCCCAGUUUCGAUGCUGAUGGAGACCUGCUGCUGGGUGCCUUUUUCCCCCUUUACUACAUGAAACCAGAAGCAGCCAGGAUCCGUUUAUCAUUCCUAACCCAGCCAAAGGAUGAAGUAGCAGCAGACAGGUGGCUGUGGAAGAACUACCAAUAUGUGCUGACCUUUUACUUUGCCAUCCAGGAGAUCAAUAGGGAUGAACACUUGCUCCCAAACAAGUCCUUGGGUUUCCAGUGGUACAAUGCCUUGGCCAGUAACAGCUUCACACUGUUGAAUGCCCUGCACUGGCUGACAGGGGAUCAUAGCUUGACUCCCAACUACAGGUGCCAGACACGGAGUAAGUCAGUUGUUGUCCUUGCUGGAACAAGCUCAGUGUUCUCUGCUGAAAUGGGGACCAUUUUGGAGCUCUACAAAAUCCCACAGCUCACUUAUGGUCCUUUUGAUCCCAUGCUGAAUGAUAAGAAGCAGUUCCCCUCACUCUAUCAGAUGGCCACCAGUGACAGCUCUCUGGCCCGUGCCAUGAUCUCCCUGCUGCUGCAUUUUGGCUGGACAUGGGUGGGACUCUUGGUGUCUGAUGACAUGAAAGGAGAGCAGUUCAAUCAGGACAUCCAAGCAGAGAUGGUCAAGAGAGGAGUCUGCUUGGCCUUUGCCAUCAAGCUCCCUGAGACAAAGACAAUGUAUGAAAACUCUGACAGCUCUUUCCUUUAUUGGCUCAGCAUUUCCUCUGCAAAUGUGCAUAUACUGUACAGUAACAUCAGGAGCCUCUUUACCAUGAAACACCUUGGUACAUUCUAUCUAACCGUGGGGAAGGUGUGGCUCAUGACAGCCAAGUGGGACAUUGUUAUGGAUGAGACACAUCACAUGUUGCACUCUUUCCAUGGGGGCUUUUCCUUCUCACAACACAAGGGCAAAAUCCCAGGACUCAAAAUUUUCCUCAAGACAGUGAACCCCUCCCACUACCCAGAAGACUUCCACUUUGGUGAAUUGUGGUUUCAUUUUUUUAACUGCCUACCUACUGGGUCAGGUUGUGGACAAUCAGCAGUCUGCCAUCCCAAUGUUUCCCUUGAAAAUUUCCCUGGACACAUUGACAUGCUGACCGUGUCUGACUCCAGCUAUUUUGUGUACAAUGCUGUGUACGCAGUGGCCCACGCCCUGCAUCGGGUGUUUCUGGAGAAAGAAGAAAUGGUUUUCCCAGAAGACACAGCUCAAGCUCUGAUUCUUCCCUGGCAGCUACAUCCACUUCUGAGGACAACACAGUUCACCAACAAUGCUGGGGAUCAUGUGUCCCUCCACAAAGCAACACCUCAUCAGGAACACUACGAUAUUCAGAACAUUGUCAACUUUCCUGCAGGCCUCCGAGUGAUGGUUAACGUUGGAAAGUUUUCCUCUGGGAGUGGACAUGACCAAGACCUGGUCAUCAGGGAAGACAUGAUAGAAUGGCCUGUUGCAUUCAAGGAGACUCCAACAUCUGUGUGUAGCCAGAGCUGUGGGCCAGGAUUCAGGAAAAGGCCAGAGGAAGGAUCGGCUGUCUGCUGCUACACUUGUGCUUCCUGUGCAGAGGGGGAAAUUUCCAAUCAGACAGAUGCAGAGCAGUGCAUCCAGUGCCCACAGCUGGAGUACACAAACACGGAGAGAACUCACUGCCUCCCCAAGCUGGAGACAUUCCUGAACUUUGAGGAUUCUCUGGGGAUGGCUCUGGCCUGCAUGGCUCUGACCCUCACUCUCCUCACUGUUAUGGUGUUGGGGGUCUUUGUGAAACACCAAGACACACCCAUCGUGAAGGCCAAUAACCGCAACCUCAGCUACAUCCUGCUCAUCUCACUCCUCCUCUGCUUCCUCUGCUCCUUCCUCUUCAUUGGCUGUCCCAACACUGCCACCUGCCUCCUAAGACAAAUCACAUUUGCCCUGGUGUUCACAGUGGCUGUUUCUGCCGUGCUGGCCAAAACCAUCACUGUGGUUCUGGCCUUCAAGGCCAUGAAGCCUGGAAGGACCAUGAGGAGAUUGCUGGUGUCAGGAGCCCCAAACGCUGUCAUUCCCAUCUGCUUCCUCAUCCAAUUGACUCUCUGUGCCAUCUGGCUGGCAACAUCUCCUCCCUUUGUGGACACAGAUGCAUACUCUGAGCAUGGACACAUCAUCCUCUUGUGCAAUGAGGGCUCCAUCACUGCCUUCUACUGUGUGCUGGGCUUCCUGGGCUCAUUGGCGCUGGGCACCUUCACUGUGGCUUUCCUUGCCAGGAAGCUGCCUGACACGUUCAAUGAAGCCAAGUUCCUGACAUUCAGCAUGCUGGUGUUCUGCAGUGUGUGGGUGACCUUCCUGCCUGUGUACCAGAGCACCAAGGGGAAGGUGAUGGUGGCCGUGGAGGUCUUCUCCAUCUUGGCCUCUGGUGCUGGGCUCCUGGGCUGCAUCUUUCUUCCCAAAUGCUACAUUAUUCUCAUAAAGCCCGAGAGGAAUUUGUCGAAAAGCUUCAAGAAAACAACAGGUUCCAAAUGA